AAUAUAUAUAUAUACUUGUAUAUAUGAAAUAUAUACAGUAUAUAUUAUGGCUAUAGCCUGUACGUCAUAGGGAUCAUUCACAUCCGGAUGGUGGCGGUAGUGCAUUAACAAAGUCUGCAUCCGCCGUUAAACGACAAGGAAGAAGAAGAAGAAGAAUACGCUCACGGCUAACCAGGAGGCUAACCAGGAAGCUAACUUGAGAAAAGGGAAACCGCGGUGACGAUAACAGGCUAGUUUUUAAACAAUGGUCCAGUCAAAAUGGGGCAGACCAUGUGUAUUUGCUCCCGUGGCUCCAUCACCAUUGAUAGCAAAAGAUACUACUUCUUGCAGAAACUAGAUGAAGGUGGUUUCAGCUAUGUGGACCUGGUUGAGGGGGUAAAGGAUGGGCGCUUCUAUGCCCUGAAGAGGAUUCUGUGUCAUGAUCGAGAAGGCCGCCAGGAGGCCCAGACUGAAGUGGAGAUGCAUCAGAUGUUUAAUCACCCCAAUAUAUUGAGCCUGGUGGCACAUACAUUUGUUGAACGCAAUGGAAAAAGUGAGGCCUGGUUACUUCUGCCUUACAUAACAAAAGGCAGUCUGUGGUCAGUCCUGGAGAAGCUUCGGGAAAAGGGAAGCUCAAUGCCUGAAAAACAGAUUUUAAAAAUCUUUCGGGGGAUCUGUUUAGGACUCAAGGCCAUUCAUGACCAAGGUUAUGCACACAGAGAUCUUAAACCUACAAAUGUGCUUCUGAAUGAAGAUGACAGUCCCGUCCUGAUGGACUUGGGCUCUAUGAAUAGAGCCCGAAUUGAGGUUCGAGGCUCCAGAGAAGCAAUGACCUUACAGGACUGGGCUGCCCAGAGAUGCACCAUUUCUUACCGUGCCCCUGAGCUCUUCAAUGUCGAGAGCUACUGUGUUAUUGAUGAGCGCACAGACAUCUGGUCACUCGGCUGUGUGCUAUACUGCAUGAUGGUGCUAGAGGGCCCCUAUGACCUCGUGUUUCAGAGAGGGGACAGUGUUGCCCUGGCAGUCCAGAACCCUGUGGUCAUCCCACAGCCAUGCAGUUACUCAGAGGGAGUGCAAUUGCUGCUGAGCUCCAUAAUGGCGUCAAAUCCUCAAGAAAGACCGAACAUCAGCUGGGUUCUUGACCAGGUACAGGACCUGCAGAGUUGCAGCCCAAACACCGAAACCAACAUGGUCUGAGCAGGACCUUUGCACACAUGGAGGAAUACCUCAUGUUUUAAGCUUAGAAAUCCAAAUAUUUUAUUUAUUGACUUGUGUAAAAGGCACAGACAUUACAUUUAGUCUGGGAAUGUUGAUGGCAUUAAAUAGAAUAUCCAUUUCCUGAUUUUGCUUUAAAUAACAUUUCUGUGUUUUGGAAAAUAUUCUAUAUGUGCCUUCUUUUUACAUUAGCUAAUUAUACGCCGUCAACUUGAUGUAGAGAGACGUUUUUCAGGAAGUGCCAGAAUUUGUGUGCAACCACUCGGUAGCCCAGCAAUCAUCAACGUUUGCUUUCUUUUUGCUCAAAUUUUGCUUGUUCAGGCAACGCAAAAUCAAUGUGGCAAGCGUAUUUGCUAAGGUUUGUUACGUAUGUGAAGGAGUCUAACUCUCUAGAAAGGGAUAAGCAUUUCCUAGUAGGACCAAUUAUUCUUUUAAGAAGACAUUAUUGAUAGAAUUUUAGUUUCUAUAACUAGAAAAUUGGUAGCCUUGUUGAUAUUAUAUAGAUAUUGUUUGUUAAUGCUCCUGUAGCUAUACACCGAUGAGAUGACAUUCUCUACCCAAAGAAAUUUGAUAGGGAAUGUUACCUUUUAAUUAUGUAGUUAUUAUAUUUGAACAUCUUCAUUUUGGUGUAUAAGGUUUCUUUGCACACAUGUUCUUCAAUAUUAAUGGAAUCCAUCCCUCUCAGUUAGGUCCACACCUGCGUAAAUCCUCUUGCUGCAAUACCGCUUUUAAACAAACGGCGGCGCUGCAUCAUCACAGUAGACCCAAGUUUCCUGGCGGUAGACUUGAUUGUUUGAACAACUGUCUGCUUCACCUUGUUCAAAAUGGGAAAAUACGUGGUGGUGGUGG